AUGCAAACGUCAAAAAUCUCAUCAGAUACUUACCCAAAUGAAGUCAAACGUGUAAGCAUUCAUACAGUUCAUCAUGUCGAAAAAAGUGAACAUCAUUUCAUACGGUCUAAAUUCAAUCGAAUAAGCAGUAUGCAGAGUACAGUAACACCAGAUAUUCUUGACACACCAAGGAGUACUAUUGAAAUAACAUCAGUACCAGAAUCAAAAAAACAACUAUUUAAUUUAAAUCGAAAUCGUAUAAUUUUUAUUACUAUUGGUGUUUUACUUGCACUUUCAACUUCAAUUACUGCUAUUGCGCUUGCUAUUAAAUUUCAGUCGUAA